CUCGUGCUCUGUUUUCGACGAAUGCCGCCUUUGUUGCCUUUAACGUGCUGUACAGAAAUAACUCCGUUUAGGACGCACGCGGCCAGCAGGGGACUCACUCCAGCUAAUCAUUUCAACAAAUGGCACCUGUUGGGUUCAAAGGAAAAGCCGGGAGGCCACCCAACUGCUGUAUCCUGCUUCGCUCAAAACUCCAGUUCGACAACUGUAAGAAACUGAAAAGAAACAGGUGUGGGCGAUAGCUGCUCUUCAUAUUUAGCCUUAAGAGCAACACCCAUUCUGAAACAUGCGUCUGUUCCUACGCCGGCGUAUGUCCCCCCUGAAACUGGUGCUCCUUGGGGGGACUCUCUUCAUGGUGGUCCUAGUGGUUCUCCAGAGGGACGUUGGCUCCUCGCCUGCUGGUGACCCCUGGUUUCAGGAGCUGGUGGACAAGAAGGAUAAGGUGAUCGUCAUGGUACGAGAGGCUGUUAACAACAUUGGCUUCCAGAUCGGUGCUCCGCAGAAUCCACCACCAUUACAGGUGCAGCCCACCCAGGAUGCCAAAUGCCCUGCUGGAUUCUACACUCAGGCUGAGCUCAAACCUCACCUAGAGAGACUGCCUCAGGACCCCAAAAGCCCCGGGGCUGAUGGGAAGGCGUUUCAGAAAGACAACAUGUCCCCAGAGGAAGGUCAGGAGAAGGAGGAGGGUAUGAAGCGGCACUGUUUCAACCAGUUUGCCAGUGACCGCAUCUCACUCAGCCGUAGUCUUGGCGACGACACAAGGCCUCCAGAGUGCGUGGAGAGAAAGUUUCGUCGCUGUCCUCCUCUGCCUACCACCAGUGUUAUUAUUGUCUUCCACAAUGAGGCUUGGUCCACCCUCCUCAGGACGGUCUACAGCGUCCUGCACACAUCUCCUGCUUUCCUGCUCAAAGAGAUCAUCUUGGUAGAUGACGCCAGUGUUGCAGAGCACCUCAAGAGCCAACUGGAGGAAUAUGUGCGUCAGCUGAAGAUUGUCCGCGUAGUGAGGCAGCUGGAGAGGAAGGGCCUCAUCACUGCCAGGCUGCUGGGUGCCAGUAUCGCUCAGGGCGAAGUGCUAACCUUUCUCGACGCACACUGUGAGUGUUUCCAUGGUUGGCUAGAGCCCCUGUUGGCCCGCAUUGUUGAGGAACCCACUGCUGUGGUUAGUCCAGAGAUCACCACCAUUGACCUCAACACCUUUCAGUUCAACAAGCCUGUGGCCUCCAACCGCGCUUUUAACCGAGGGAACUUUGACUGGAGCCUGUCCUUCGGCUGGGAAGCAAUCCCUGAGGAUGCGAAGAAGCUGCGCAAGGAUGAAACCUACCCUGUAAAAACACCUACUUUUGCUGGAGGUCUCUUUUCAAUCUCAAAGAAGUACUUUGAACACAUUGGAACGUACGAUGACAAGAUGGAGAUCUGGGGCGGUGAAAACGUGGAGAUGUCAUUCAGGGUGUGGCAGUGUGGGGGUCAGCUCGAGAUCCUCCCUUGUUCCGUGGUGGGCCAUGUCUUCCGCACCAAGAGCCCCCACACCUUCCCCAAGGGCACAGAGGUCAUCACUCGCAACCAGGUGCGCCUGGCUGAAGUCUGGAUGGAUGACUACAAGAAGAUCUACUAUCGCCGCAACAAGAAUGCUGCAGUUAUGGCCAGCGAGAAUAAGUUUGGGGACAUCUCUGAUCGCCUGAAUCUGAGAGAGAGGCUUCAGUGCAAGAACUUCACCUGGUACUUAAACACAGUCUACCCAGAGGCCUUUGUUCCUGACUUGACCCCACUAAAAUAUGGAGCAAUUAGAAACUCGGGAUCUAAAACCUGUCUGGAUGUUGGAGAGAGUAACAUUGGAGAUAAACCUAUGAUCAUGUACCAGUGUCACAACAUGGGAGGAAACCAGUACUUUGAAUACUCAUCUCAUAAGGAGCUGCGUCAUAAUAUUGGAAAGCAGCUGUGUCUUCAUGCCACACCCCAGCCAGAGCCAGUGACGAUCAAGCUAUGCCAGCUGAAAGGGAAGGGCACUAGUGUGGCACCACAACAGGAGUGGGUCUUUUCAGAGGAAAAUCUUUUGAAGAAUCCUAGUAGUGGGAAAUGUUUACAGCUGAAAGGAGACCAGCUGCAGAUGGACCAAUGUAAUGCUGCUGACCUCUACCAGCACUGGACCUUCGGCUGACCUCCCAGUCUGCCCAUCAGGUGACCUCUGGCACCUUGUGUCCCGUUCCUCAGACUGAGCCGACAGAGCCAACUCAACAUUGAUCCAGAAGGGCUUCAUGCUGUGAAGUUUGUGGCAUGUGGCCAUACUGAGUGUACAGUUAAAGAUGGAGGACAGAGAAGAGAAAAUUGCAUCUGUUGAAGACGCUCGGGUUGGCCUUAACUUGUUUUAAAUUUAUUUAUAAGGGAAACUCAAAGACAUUUAAAGGUGGCUGGGGACUGACUGACUGUGGGGCAAUGGCUGUGAACUGCAAUGAACUUAUUUUAGUGAAUUUACACUCCAGCUUGGAAAAAUCACAAUUUAAUGACUUUAUUUUGUAUGACCAUGAAUGUUAAAAUGUGAAUAUGCACAAGUCUACUAAAGAGCAAGAUAUAUCUGUUUUUUUUAAAUAAAACUUCUUUGUUGUUUUA